CUUCCGGUUUCAAGUGUAAUUCGGAAAAAUAAGUUGGAAAAAUGGCUGCUGGAGGUACGGAGACCCGAACCGGGGACGUCGAAGAGGAUGCCUCGCAGUUGGUUUUCCCCAAAGAGUUUGAGAGCGCGGAAACCCUUCUGAACUCUGAGGUACACAUGCUACUGGAACACCGUAAGCAGCAGAACGAGAGCGCAGAAGAAGAACAGGAGCUGUCUGAUGUCUUCAUGAAAACCCUGAACUACACAGCCAGGUUUAGCCGCUUCAAGAACAGAGAGACCAUUGCCAGCGUUAGAAGUCUGCUUUUACAGAAGAAGCUGCAUAGGUUUGAGCUGGCUUGUUUGGCUAAUUUGUGCCCAGAAACGGCAGACGAAGCCAAAGCUUUGAUUCCAAGUCUGGAAGGAAGGUUUGAAGAAGAAGAACUACAGCAAAUUCUGGAUGACAUUCAAACCAAAAGAAGCUUCCAAUAUUAAAUUGCUGCCAUUCCUUGUGUCAAAUGGACAUUACUGCCAUAUGUUGUCGCGUUAUUUCUGAUCUGGAUUGGAACAAUGCGUUUAACCAACAUAGUGACAUUUUCUAAUGAGUUACAUUGACUCUUCCCUUGGAAUAGACUCUCCAGCAGGGAUAAACGUGUUUCCCUUGUUGUCUGAAUGUUAAUUUUAUGUAGGAUGGUUGCUUUACCCUUUUUGACCAUAAAGACUGUGACAAUUCAUUCCCUGCUGGUAAAGUUUCUAUAUUGGUUUACACUUUAGAAGUUGAACAGUACAUUAAACACUUAUGUAAUCCUUUUUUCAAAUGUAAAAAAUAUAAAAAUAUUUGUAUUGGUCUUCUUA